AUGGCGUUUAAGACAGUUGUCGUCUUUCUUUUGAUCUCUUUCUUUGGUUUGCGAUUAGGAGGUGCUACGUCUUGCUUUGACAAAACCGACUGUUCGGCCCUCGAGACCUGUUGCAAUGAUGGAAUCUGCAGAGAAACUUGUUAUUACUGCUCGUACAAUUCCCAAUGUGGUACAGGCGAGAUGUGCUGCGAUGGCGACUGUGCUUAUUCAUGUGUUUGGACGGCUGGAAGCAUUGCAGGCGCUGUAAUUGGUACCAUAAUCUUCUUCGCCAUCAUCAUUUCCAUCGUAUCCUGCUGCUGCUGUGCCUGUUGCCCGUACUACCGCUAUCGUACACCCGGGACUGUGAUUGUGACUGGAGGCCAACCGCCGUAUCAGCAAAUCGUAACUACAAGCACCAACACGACACAGCAAGGAUUUGUGCAAUAUCCACCGCCUGGAAACUACAACCAGCCACCGCCUACUUAUUCACCACCCGGUCCAGCACCGUAUCCUUCAGCUCAGGUACAAGGACAAGCUGCUAUGAUGCCGCCUCCCGCUCCGGUGAAGUACUGA